AUGGCAUCAUACGAGGACGAUGACUUACCACACAAGUCUAUCAAUGAUGCACAGCUCAUGGGGUCGAGUGGAAAGUUCAGCAAUCGAUACUUCGCACAAGAUGCCCUUUCUUCGACGUGUGUUUCCGGCAGGGAACAUUCAAGGUCUGCUUCUCCUGAACUCACCUGCUCACUCACAGUGCAAGCCCCCUUAUUCAUGCUUCACCCGCUUCCUGAAGGCGAGACGAAGACCGUGGAUUUUGAUGAUGAUGAUGCGUAUUCUGUCGAAGCAUUACUCAUAUAUCUGUACACUCUCGAAUAUCCUAAUCGAAAAGCGCAUAAGUUCGAAGAGCCACCGCCGAAAGCUGGCGGGCUAUCACAGAAGAGAAGACCGCGCAGGUUUCGACUUCAAUCAGGACCCGUAAUCAAGGAUCCAUCAGCCGAUCCUGUUCCAAUGAUCAUUGUCCAGAAAGUCCCUUACAUUGUGGACAACGAAAGAGAGACGAAGUCUACCCGCUUCAAGCUCAAGAGUGAGGCACCAAAAGAGACGUGGCAAGAACGUCUGGGGCUUUACCGCAUCGCGCAUCGACUCAAUCUCACCAACCUUUGUAAGAUAAGCCUGGGCAUUAUGAGGUCGGAGAUCGAUUCAGCACUGCGAGCCACCAAUGCCGAUGAAUUCAUCAGAGAGGUAUACAGCCUCGACCAAGACGAGGCUCAGAGCAUCAAAGAAGAUAUUGCAACAAAGAUUGCCGAGGCGGGGCCACAAACCACGUGCGCUUUCGUAUUAUACAGUCUCUUGCGGUCCCACCCAUUUUUGGGCUGCAACUUGGUUAAGGCGAUGAGAGCAAAUGAGGAGAGGCGAACAGAGAUGACUACCAAGCUGCGGGUGACUAACGACCAGCAGGCGAAGGAGAUCGACGGUUACAAGCAACAGCUCGCAGAAAGUUGGCACGAGGCGGAAGAGAGGAGCGAACUGGCAUCAAUGGCCGAGAGAAGGCUGCAAGAUGAAAAGACGGAGGCAGGGAGGCUUAGCAAGACAACCACCCAGCUGAGGAAGGAAUUACGUGAAUGCAAGGAAGCGCUGGCAAAGCAGGAGACUGAGACGGCUGAGUGCAGGGAACAAAUUGACCAGCUGGAAAAGGAGGGAAAGGUUGCCAAAAAGCCCAACCGGCUUCUACGUCACGGUAGACAACGCCCCACCAAUAUCAUUGUAGGUGCUGAAAUGUACUCUGGAUGA